AUGGGUGGUCCCACGGUCGAGCUGUUCCAAAAGCUGGUGCAACAGCUGCGCAACUUGGUGCCCGUCGAUGCAGUGCAGGGUACGCGGCCGGUACACGAGCUGGACACCAGGCGCAUCGACAAGCUCGCACCCGGGUUAGGUGCGUAUCUGAACGCUGCCUCGAUGCUCGUCGGCUAA